AUGGCCAACAGCGAAUUCUCCUAUGUCAAGAACUUCGAGACGCCCGACUCCCUGCCUCUCUCCAACUGGAUCGUUGUGCGCAUCGACGGCCGGGGCUUCAGCAAACUCUGCAAGAAAUACAACUUCAUCAAACCCAAUGACAAACGCGCCAUCAACUUGAUGAACAGCGCCGCCGUGCAAGUCGUCAAAUCUUUCCACGACAUCGUCCUCGCUUACGGCCAAAGCGAUGAGUACUCUUUCAUCUUCCACGAGAAUACCGCACUGUUCGAGCGCCGGAGCGCGAAAUUGAGUACUUCUGUCGCGACGAUGUUCACGGCGGAGUAUGUGAUGCAGUGGCGGGAUUUCUUUCCUGAGGAAGCAAUGAAAUUGGAAAGACCGUUUCCGACUUUCGAUGGGAGGUGUGUGUGUUAUCCGAAGAAGAGUAUCUUGAGGGAUUAUUUGAGUUGGAGGCAGGCGGAUUGUCAUAUUAACAAUUUGUAUAAUACGACUUUUUGGAAUUUGGUGUUGAGAGGUGGCGAGGGAGAGGAAGAAGGGAAGGGGAUGAGUGGCACCGAGGCGGAGAAGAUGCUAAAGGGAACAUUGGCGAGUGAUAAGAAUGAGAUUUUGUGGAAGAGGUUUGGAGUGAAUUAUAAUGAUGAGGAAGAGGUCUUUAAGAAGGGAUCGGUGGUGUAUAGGGCUUAUGAUGAUGAGGAAGCAGAAAAUGGUGCGAAGGAUGGCGAUCAUGCUGGAGCGAGCAAGAACAAAACUGUUGCCAAUCCCAAGAGUAAGACGCAGUUGGAGAAGGAAAGGAAGAGGAGACAGAAGGCGAGGAUUGUGAUUGAGCACACUGAUAUCAUUGGAAACGCUUUUUGGGACAAACGACCAUACAUCCUCGCCACGAAGAAGAAGGAUGUUUACGAUGAAUGAUCGUACAUUGCUCCUCUAUCACGCGACGAAUGUACGACAUUCGGUUUCCGGAAGCAACACAGGAUCGUG